AUGCAACAGAGUAAAGAUUUAUCUGCCCAACAAGAAAUGCUUAACACUGAAACACUGAAGCUUUUCUUCGAGAAAGGUGGAAUGAACGAUGUUCAAGCUCGAUAUAUUUACCAAACUUGUUUAUACGCAACAGUAGAUGAUAAUCCUGUUUUAACACCUCUUCAGCCACGUGUAAAGAACAUGGAUAAUCCAUUAUGGACAAAGGCAAUGUGUUUCUGCAUUGCUUAUCUUCGUCGUUAUAAAAUGAAUAAUACUAUUCGUGCAAUUAAAUGCGAAUGCGAUAAUUUACCAAAAUCAACAGGAUUCGGCAAAGUCUCAGAGUUAGAGAUGUUUUGGAGAUCAUUACUUAAAUCUUCAGUUCAUUUGGGUGAUAAAACUUUUGACGAAUGUGUUAUUGAAUACAAAGAAGCAAUGGAUGAACUACAAAGACAACAAGCAAACAAGUCUCAAAAGCUUGAAGAUCCACAAUUAGAUGAUUAA